AUGUCCUCCCUCUCCUUCUACGAGCCCUUCUUCUCUCUCAACGACUUCCAACGCUUCUUCGACGAUGUGUUCGAUCGUACGUCGUCAGAACGCCAGGUCGUGCCUCGUAAUGGACAACAACAACAGCGCACCAUGUCUCGCGGAUUCCAACCGCGCGUUGAUAUUCACGAGGCACCCGAGGCGAACGUUGUAACAGUCUGGUUCGAGUUGCCGGGGAUGACAAAGGAGAAUAUCUCGAUUGACGUCUCGAAGGGUCGUCUCGUCGUUUCGGGCGAGGCGGGCUACAGGGAUGUCGAUGAGAAAGGCUUCAUUCAUCGUGAGAGGCGUACGGGACGCUUCGAACGGACUCUGCCGCUCCCGACUGGUACUCAGCCAUCUGAUAUCAAAGCGUCUUUGGAGAACGGCCUACUAACCGUUACGUUCCCCAAGAGUUCUCCUGAGCAACUCCCACAGAGGGUCACUAUCUCUUAA